ACUUUCAACUUUAAACUUUACAGUAGAUACUCAAGUAGAAAGUAAUGGAAAUAAACCACAAAAUUUAUCAGUCCUGACCAUUGACUGUAAUUAACAUUUAAUCAGCCUAACCUAUAACCCAUAAUUCUGAAUUUCAUUGUUAGUAUGGUGGAGCCAAAUCCUAAUUUUGAUGCUGAAUUGAAACAUCAUUACUGGGCAGCAUCGUUUUUUCUACCGUUUGGCUCGAUUUUUGUCCUUGCUAUCGUGGUUCUGCUAAUGGUAUUAUUUAAAAGAUGUCCAUACGUAAUAGCUGGAGUUGCUACAUCACUACUUGCCAUGACUGUUAUAUUCGUAAUUAUCACGUCCUUCAAUAACACACCACUUUACUCUUAAAAAUGUAGAAAAGAAAACGUGUUCACCCACAUUUUCCAGAGGUUGCGAUUUUUUCUUUUUCACUGGCAAAAUGUGGUGCUGAUUUACUGAUCAUCAUUGUUAUCCUACAAUGUUCCGAAAAUAUACUUACUGUUAAACAACU